CAGCUCCGGCUCCAGCCGCGCGCGCUGAGACCCCGCUCCGGAGCCCGCUCGUCGCCCCCGGCCCGGCCCUCGGCCCCCAGCACGGCCCCCCACCCGGCCCCAGUGCCCGCCCGGCCGCCGGCCCCCAUGGAGCUGCUGGCCGCAGCCUUCAGCGCCGCCUGCGCCGUGGACCACGACAGCUCCACCUCGGAGAGCGACGCGCGCGACUCGGUGGUGGGACACCUGCCCGGCAGCGAGUCGUCCUCCACCCCGGGAAAUGGGGCCACGCCCGAGGAGUGCCCGGCCCUCGCUGACAGCCCCACCACGCUCACCGAGGCCCUGCAGAUGAUUCGCCCCAUUCCCGCCGACUCCUGGAGGAACCUCAUUGAGCAAAUAGGGCUCCUGUAUCAGGAAUACCGAGAUAAAUCAACGCUCCAAGAAAUUGAAACCAGGAGGCAACAGGAUGCACAAAUACAUGCCAAUGUCCACGGCUCGCCAGCCGGCCAGGAGACUCCAGAGGAGGAGGAGGAGGAGGAAGAGGAGGAGGAGGAGGAGGAGGAAGAGGAGCCGGCCAGCCCCCCGGAGAGGAGGGCUCUGCCCCAGAUCUGCCUGCUCAGUAACCCCCACUCGCGGUUCAACCUCUGGCAGGACCUCCCGGAGAUCCAGAGCAGCGGGGUGCUGGAGAUCCUCCAGCCCGAGGAGAUCAGGCUGCAGGAGGCCAUGUUCGAGUUGGUCACCUCCGAGGCAUCCUACUACAAAAGCCUGAGCCUGCUCGUGUCCCACUUCAUGGAGAACGAGCGGCUGAAGAAGAUGCUGCACCCGUCCGAGGCGCACAUCCUCUUCUCCAAUGUCCUGGACGUCAUGGCCGUCAGCGAGCGGUUCCUCCUGGAGCUGGAGCGCCGGAUGGAGGAGAACAUUGUCAUCUCGGAUGUGUGCGACAUCGUGCACCAUUACGCAGCCAACCACUUCUCCGUCUAUAUCACCUACGUCAGCAACCAGACAUACCAGGAGCGGACCUACAAGCAGCUGCUCCAGGAGAAGGCAGCCUUCCGGGAGCUGAUUGCGCAGCUGGAGCUCGACCCCAAGUGCAGGGGGCUGCCCCUCUCCUCUUUCCUCAUCCUGCCUUUCCAGAGGAUCACGCGCCUCAAGCUCUUGGUCCAGAACAUCCUGAAGAGAGUGGAAGAGAGGUCUGAGCGCGAAUGCACCGCCUUGGACGCUCACAAAGAACUGGAACUGGUGGUAAAAUCAUGCAACGAGGGCGUCAGGAAAAUGAGCCGCACGGAGCAGAUGAUCAGCAUUCAGAAGAAGAUGGAGUUUAAGAUCAAGUCGGUGCCCAUCAUCUCCCACUCCCGCUGGCUGCUGAAGCAGGGCGAGCUGCAGCAGAUGUCAGGCCCCAAGACAUCCCGGACCCUGCGGACCAAGAAGCUCUUCCAGGAUAUUUACCUCUUCCUCUUCAACGACCUGCUGGUGAUCUGCCGGCAGAUCCCGGGAGACAAGUACCAGGUGUUUGACUCGGCCCCACGGGGCCUGCUCCGCGUGGAGGAGCUGGAGGACCAGGGCCAGACGCUGGCUAACGUGUUCAUCCUGCGGCUGCUCGAGAAUGCCGAUGACCGGGAGGCCACCUACAUGCUGAAGGCAUCCUCACAGAGCGAGAUGAAGCGGUGGAUGACCUCGCUGGCCCCCAACCGGAGAACCAAGUUUGUGUCCUUCACGUCCCGGCUGCUGGACUGCCCCCAGGUCCAGUGUGUGCACCCGUACGUGGCCCAGCAGCCAGAUGAACUGACGCUGGAGCUGGCCGACAUCCUGAACAUCCUGGAGAAGACUGAGGAUGCACUAGGCCCGAGCGCCCAGCUCCACGUCCCCUUCACCUCGUGCCACCCUGGCCUGGGCCCACCAAGCACAAAGGGAGGCGUGAUGGCCGGGAACACCCUGACCCUGACCCUGGACUUGCAACAAGCUUCCAGGUGAGCCUGUGACCACCAGGCUCAGAGCCCCGUGUGGGCCAAGCAGCCACCCACCCAGCCCCUGCCACCCCUGCUGUGGGCAUCAGUGCCAAACGAGGUUCGCCCCCCAACCCCCAAAAAUUGACCCCUUAUCUCUACAUCAAUUGCUCCUAAUCAGAAUCCCCCCAAAAUGCCCCAAGCAUCUCCCUCCCCCACCCCCUCCUCUCCUUCAAGGUCCUGGCUGGAAGGCCUCAGGCUGGUACCUCCAGGGCAGGCCGUUUCCGCUGUUCCCAAAUCCCAGGGGCUUGCCCUGCACUGGAAGAGCAGGGGCCUCUCCCCUCCCCUCGGAGGAAUACACAGCCUGUCCCCCUUCCCGCGUGGCCUGCAGAGUGGGCCCUCAGACCCUGGUCUUAGCCCUGCCCUGGGACCUGUCAGUGACACGGUGAUCUCAGGGGGAGGGAAGGAGGGCCAGGGCCCUCUGCUGGUGUCGGCCAGUUGAUGAUGGCCACCUUCAGCUGACCCCCCAGCUCUCCAGGGAGGGCUGCCCAAAAAGAGGGUGGUGGUGAGCUUCCAGGCUGGGUAACCAAGUGGUCAGCUCCCACCCGCACCAGCGCCCUGGGACCCGGCCCUUGGGGUCUCCUGGCCUCAUCCAGGAUUGCUGAGGGCUUGGGAAUGGGUUCCGAAGGCAAUGCAUUUAGAGCACGCUUGUUCUGUCAUGGCCUGUGCACACACACUAUGCUCCUGAGGAGGGCGUCCGGGUGGCAUGUGGGGUACAAACCGGGUCUGAGCAUCUCCGGCAGGAGUUUUCGGAGCAGGGCCCUCUGGAGAGGUCGGCUGGCCCUCCCGCGCCUCCCUCGCUCUGCUCCCCACCCAGACGGGAGCCCCGGCCUGCAGGGAGGCCCAGCCUGCACCCCUGCGAGAG